AGUCGGAGCUGGCGGCAGGUACAGGCGCACUGCGGGGCUGGACUGGGGAACCUGGACGACAUCUGGACCUACUGUUCCGGCUGACUUUGGUUUCUCACCCCUGGAUCUGUUCCCCUCAAGCUGCAGUCCAGGAUUGUUGCACUUUUUCCUCUAGUUUCCUAUGAGUUGGAAUGUCAUUCUCCUAAAACUGAAGCUGCUGUAAUGAGAUCCUCUGUUCUAGGAUCAGUUUGUGUCCUGCUCUUGUUCUUACGGGAGCCCGCAUGCCGUGGAGAUGAGGUGACCUCCUCCAGCACAGUGAACCCAUGCUGCUAUAUCCCCUGCCAGCACUGGGGUGUGUGUGUGAGGUAUGCCGAGAACAAGUACGAGUGUGACUGCACCCAUACCGGUUACUACGGAGAAAACUGCACCAUCCCGGAGUUUUGGACCAGAGUGCACCACUUCUUCAAACCCAGCCCAAAUGUGGUGCAUUACAUUCUCACACAUUUCCGUUUGCUCUGGGACAUCAUCAACAGCACCUUCCUACGGGACAUUCUGAUGCGACUAGUAUUAACAGUCAGGUCCAACUUAAUACCCAGCCCUCCAACCUUCAACUCUAAGUACAGCUACCUGAGCUGGGAAGCCUACUACAAUGUGAGCUACUACACUCGCCUUCUGCCUCCGGUGCCAAAGGACUGCCCCACACCUCUAGGGGUCAAAGGCCAGGAUGGGCUGCCUGACCCUGAGCUGCUGGUUGAGAAGCUGUUGAAGAGGAGGACAUUCAGACCCGAUCCCCAGGGCAGCAACCUCAUGUUCGCCUUUUUCGCGCAACACUUCACACACCAGUUCUUUAAGACCUACAACCGCAUGGGUGUGGGCUUCACCAAGGCCUUAGCACAUGGGGUGGAUGCAGGUCACAUUUAUGGAGACAACUUGGAACGUCAGCUGCAGCUCAGGCUUCACAAAGAUGGGAAACUUAAGUAUCAGCUAAUAGAUGGAGACAUGUACCCUCCUACUGUAAUCGACGCCCCUGUUAAGAUGAGCUACCCCCCGGGCAUCCCACCUGAACAUCAGCUGGCUAUUGGUCAGGAAGUGUUCGGACUCCUCCCUGGUCUGGGAAUGUACGCCACACUUUGGCUGAGGGAGCAUAACAGAGUGUGUGACAUCCUGAAAGCAGCACACCCGACCUGGGACGACGAGCAGCUCUUCCAGACCACACGCCUCAUUAUCAUCGGUGAAACUAUUCGAAUAGUGAUAGAGGAGUACGUGCAGCACCUCAGUGGAUACAUGCUGCAGUUAAAGUUCGAUCCCACUCUGCUGUUUAAGUCGUCUUUUCAGUACGGGAACCGGAUUGCUCUGGAGUUCAGCCAGCUCUACCACUGGCACCCUUUGAUGCCCGACAGCUUCUUUAUUAGUGGAGAUGAGCUGACCUACCCACAGUUUCUGUUUAAUACUUCUGUUCUCACACACUACGGCAUAGAGAAGUUGGUGGAUGCCUUCUCCCGACAACCAGCUGGCCAGGUCGGUGGAGGACACAAUAUGAACGCCGUGGUGACCCGAGUGGCCGUGGGGGCCAUAAAAGAGUCCCGACAGCUUCGCAUACAGCCUUUCAACGAGUACAGGAAGCGCUUUAAUCUGAGGCCGUAUACAUCGUUCAGAGACUUCAGUGAUGAUGAGGAAAUAGCCACCCAGCUUGAAGAGUUAUAUGGUGACAUUGAUGCUCUGGAAUUUUAUCCUGGCCUGAUGUUAGAGAAAACCCGACCUGGAGCGAUAUUUGGAGAGAGCAUGGUGGAGAUGGGAGCUCCCUUCUCGCUUAAAGGCCUCCUGGGAAAUCCUAUAUGCUCUCCAGAUUACUGGAAGCCCAGCACAUUUGGAGGCAAAGUAGGUUUUGACAUAGUAAACUCUGCCACACUGAAGAAGCUGGUCUGUUUGAACACUAAAACGUGUCCUUAUGUGGCGUUCAGAGUCCCCACAGAGGCUCAAAUACAGAAUGAGGAGGACAGUAAAGGACGGACUGACGAGCUAACAGUUGUCAUGACUACUUUGGACGACAAGAUCCUUGGAGAGAAGCUGCAGUACUACUACAGCAGCAGCGAAGAUGAAGGCAGUGACAAUGAGGAUGAGGAUGGGGAGGGAAAAACCAUCCGUGAUGCUGGUGUGCUGGAACCAGAAAUUGACUACAGCGCUGAUGGCAGUGCAGUCAACACAGGACCAAAGGGUGUAAUCAAUGAUUGGAGGAAGUACAAGCAAUUGGAGGUUGAGCAGAAACAGGAACAGAAGAAGGAAAUGGAAAGAUUGAUCAAGAAGCUGUCCAUGACCUGCCGCUCCGACCUCGACCUGGAAAAAGACAAAGAGAAAGAAAAAGAGCUGCAGCAAAAACUCAAAGGCAAAAUGACCAUGCAGGAGUACAACAUGCUCCAGGAAGAGGAGGAUGAUGAAGACUUCCUUCAGCAUUACCGAAUGCAGCGCAUUGAAGAGAUGCGGCGCCAGUUUUGCCGGGGCAAACGUUUCGAGCAGGUCUAUGAGCUGAACAGUGGAGAGGACUUCCUGGAGGCUUUAGACAAGGAGGACAAAAGCACACUGGUCAUGAUCCACAUCUAUGAACCAGAUGUCCCGGGCUGUGAGUCUAUGAGCGGCAGCCUGCUGUGUUUGGCUCAGGAAUAUCCUCUAAUCAAGUUCUGCAGCGUCCGCAGCUCAGCCAUCAGUACCAGCGCUCUGUUCAGAGGCAGCGCUCUUCCCGCCCUGCUUGUUUACAAAGGAGGCGAUCUGAUCGGCAACUUUGUGCGGCUCACAGAUCAACUCGGCGAAGACUUCUUUGCGGUAGACCUGGAGGCCCUGCUGCAGGAGUACGGCCUGCUGCCCGACAAACAACCCAUUGUCCCGAAGACGAUCCGCACCGGAGCCAUCCUACAGAACACUGAGAGUGACGAGGACUCAGACCUGGAUAUAGACUAGAGCCAUAAUAUCAAACCUCCAUAGUCUGCAUACUGUACGUACACUGUCUGCAUGGACUGCUGAUCAUUUAUCUGUACUUUACGGACCCCUGUAGUGAUAAUGGGCUGACCCAGGUUUGUGACAUUACCACUCACUGCAGCAAACAACCAGCAUUCAAGCAGAACCAAAAGAAAAUGCUCAUGGCAGUCCGCUGGGUGCUCUUGAUGUCUUCAUCAUUCCAACACAUAUUUAAUGAGACUAAAUACUCGUCAUUAUCAAGGACCUGUUGUUAUGCACAUUGAUGUAGAUGCUAGUUCAAAGGUUCUGUUAUAGCUGUAAUUAUUAACUUAUUCUUUGUGUUUAAACAUUUCCAUGUUUCAUUUACGUCUUUUUUAUGUUAAAUAGGUUUCGCUCUAAACUGAAGUCUUGGUCCAAACUGACUUUUAGUUUUAUAACUUUUGUAUGUUCUGCAGAAUUUAAAUAAGUUGGAACAAAAGGGAUGGGGCUCGAUGUCUGUAUUUAAUCUGAAAUGUCCAAUGGAAGAAUGGUGACGCAUAAUAAAGAAUGGAGUUUAA